AUGCAUAUCUACCUCAGCCCCGAACAGGGGAACACCUACAGUAACAGUUCUCGUACGGAUCACCAAUGGGUCCACAUGGAACCAAUUAGCGUUGCGGCCCAACACCCAGUAUGGCAUCCGUCCACUUCUACUGUCCAAACUCGAGCUUUGCGCAAGUUCGGAAGCAUGCCUAGAUUCGCUGGGCUGGUCAACAGUCGCGUCUAUGAGGCUCCGAAGCCGUGA